CACACUUUUUUUUUCACCUCCCUCAAAAUUAUGAAACAAGCGUAGUAUAGUGUUCUGAAAUAGAACUCCUGGCGCUAACCCUGAGCUUCUUCCAUGGCAGUCCAAAUAGUGUAUUCGAAUUCAUCUUUACCAAUCCUAUAUCGAUAUGCUUGGUCCCUCAGUCAUCGAAAUUCACAGGACGCUCGUCAAAUUCGUCUCGUAUUUAAACAAAAUGCAAGUAUUUGUGAAGAAAUACCAAUUACCAGACAAUUCCAAAUUCGAUGCUCCGCAGAACCAAUCCAAACCCUCAGAACCUGCAAGAACUGCAAAACCCAGUUCGAUCCUUUUCUCAAUCACCCCCGCUCUUGCCUCUACCACACUGCUCAUUUCGGAGGAGAAACAAAGAGGAAGUUUGAGAGCGUGCACUCUGGAGGCACCAUGAAUACACCUGACUCUGGUAAAGUUCUUCAAUAUUGGCAUUGUUGCGGAUCUGAAGAUCCCUUUGACCCUGGAUGCACCGCUGCUCCUCACUCUUCGUAUGAUGACUGAUACAGUUGCCCAAUCUCCCGGCAGUUAUAGAUUUGCACGAGUCACCUGAAAUUCUUCAUUGUAUUUGGCUAUCACUGAGGUUUGUCUGUAAAAUAUCCCCUCUGUACUCUAGUAAAAUAUUUUUUCGUAUGAUAUCAUUUAAGCUAUUUGAAUUUGGUGGAUUUUCUUUUUAUGAUUUCUUUACUUUAGUUGUAUUCAUUUGCCUGGAUGAGGGACAAUACCUCCCAUUUGCAGCAUCAACUAUUGAUUUGAAAUCUUAAGCUGUGAUUUGGAUCUUA